UAGAGUCGUGGCGAAUUGUGGGGGUUGUAGUUCGUUCCACAGUUGAGUGACGCACCCGGAAGUAAACGUGGUAAAGAAGAGAGGUCACUUUGCGUCUGUUUUGUAAUGUUUUGAUUCAGCAACACUGCUGAUAAUUAUGGAAGCAACCAAAGCAGAGGAGCCCUUCCUGAGGCAUGUGGAGACUGAUGUACUCAUCCCCAAGAUGGUGAGGGAGAAAGCCAAGGAGCUCUGUGCUGAAAAGGUUACAGCGUUCAACCACUGUUGUAAAGAGACUGGCUUCCUGAUGGUGUUCUACUACAGAGACUCGGCGUUCUUCGAGGAGUGCAAGCAGGAGUACAUCAAGGAGAAGCUGGAGUUCCAGAGGACCGGGGUGGCGGCUAAGAACCGCUCACAAAAACUACCAACCAGCAUGUAG